UUCACUUCUCCAUAACCUCAAAGUGUCUCAAGGGAAUUUUCCUCCGUUCACAGAGAUUGUGAAAAUUGAUAAAUAUCAGUGAAUUUUGUAGCAGGAAGUGCGUUCCCGGAUUUUACUCCCUGGGGGCUUAUGGAUUUCCGGGGAAAGAAAACGUGUGCACGUGUGAUCCAAAGCAUUUAGAUAAACUAAACUAUAUAUUUUAGUGUGAACAAAGUGAGAAGAAAUGUAUUGUGUGGGGAAUAUUGCAAAGUUUUCCGGGAGAUCCGGAAGGCAUUUAGUUCCUUUGCUGAAUAACUUCCAGCUGGACAGGAAGUAUGGGGCACCCGUUCAAAUUCAAGCCAGGCAUUUGUCAUACACAGAGUCAAUCUCAAAUUUGUGGAUGUCUCUGUCAAAGAGCGUGCCAGUGGGUUACUUUCAAGAGGCUCUCAUUAAGAUUCACGACACAACGGGGCUACCCUGGUGGGGCACCAUAAUCCUGUCGACUUGUCUCUUGAGAACCGUCGUGACGGUUCCAUUGACAAUCUAUCAGAACAAAAUUAUGGCCAGGAUCGAGUUGAUCUCCAUGGAGAUGCCAGAAAUUGCUAAAGAACUGAAGCGUGAGACUGCAAUUGCCAUGAAGCAGCUCAACUGGACGGAGAAGGAGGCAAAGAUCAUGUAUGCCCACUCGCUGAAGAAGCAAUGGACAAAGCUAAUUGUUAGAGAAAACUGCCAUCCGGCCAAGACAAUGAUCGUCCUCUGGGGUCAAAUUCCUCUCUGGAUCUUCCAGUCAAUGGCUAUUCGUAAUCUCGUCUACAUGCUCCCGAAUCCUUCUUCAAUUCAAGCCCAAAUUGUUUUUGCUCAACUGUCUCUUGGGGGAUUUCUGUGGAUCCCCAAUCUCACCAUCCCAGACGCCUCUUUGAUCCUUCCUGUUACUCUUGGGCUCCUUAACUUGGCCAUUGUGGAGGUGCAGUCGCUUUCACGCGUUAAGCAAGGAGGGCGUCUUCACAAUUUCGCCACGAAUUUCUUUCGCAUCUUCAGCAUCAUCAUGAUCCCAAUUGCCAGCGUUGUCCCAUCUUGCUUAAGCCUCUACUGGGUCUCAUCGAGCGCCUUUGGGCUCAUUCAAAAUCUCACGAUGAUGUCACCCAAAUUCAGACGCAUCGUGGGGAUUCCCAACACCCCAAGUCAACUGGAACAUCCGUACAAACAUCUAGCGGAUGGCGUUGCUCAGCGCUGCCAGAAAAUUUCCUCCUGGUUGCCGAAGAGAAGCUGAAUCUCUUCAUUACGCAUCGCAAUUUGUUUGUCUACAUUAGGAAAAAAAAAAGUAAUUUGUAAAAAGUUUGUAAAAGUUGAUCGAAAGGUUGGAAAGAAAUUCCAAGAAGAAUUAAAAACAAAUAGAAAAUUUAGGAUUUGUUUUUA